AUGAUGGAUCACCUGAGCCUGGUGCCCUACGAUGGUGCCAGCGGCGGGGGCGACGCGGGGGGCGGCAAGUACAAGGAGUGCAUGCGCAACCACGCAGCGGCCAUGGGCGGGCAGGCCUUCGACGGCUGCGGCGAGUACAUGGCCUCCUCGCCGGACUCGCUCAAGUGCGCGGCCUGCGGGUGCCACCGUAGCUUCCACCGCCGCGCCGCCGCGUUGGCUCCACCGGGCUCCUCGUGCGCGCCGCCCGUCUUCUUCCGCCCGACGCCGCCGCUCGCGCUGCCCGCGCCGCCGACGCCGCAGCAGCAGCACUUCCACCACCACCACCACCACCAGGCCGCGGCCGCCGCGCUGCAGGCCUUGUUCCCGUCGUCGGUGCCGGUGCUGGCGCCGCCGCACCUCGCGCUGCCGUACCACGCCGUGCCCAACGCAGCCGUCGCCGCCCCGCCCCCGUGGCUCGACACGCGCGCCGGCUCCGAGACGCCGCCGCGCACGGACGACUUCGGUAUCGGCGUCGGCGUCGGUUUCGUGCCCGGGAGCGUCGGGGGUAGCGGCAGCGGCAGCUUCGGGCGGAAGCGGGUCCGGACCAAGUUCACGCCUGAGCAGAAGGAGCGGAUGCGCGAGUUCGCGGAGAAGCAAGGCUGGCGCAUCCAGCGGAACGACGAUGGCGCCCUGGACCGCUUCUGCGACGAGAUCGGGGUCAAGCGCCAGGUGUUCAAGGUGUGGAUGCACAACCACAAGAACCAGGUCGCCUCCGCCGCUGCCGCAGCCGCGGGCAUCGGCAUCGGCAUCGGCAUCAACCCCUCCGUCGGCGCCGGCGCCGGCGUCGGCGUCGGCGUCGGUGUCACCGGCGAUGGAGACGACGAGGACACCGACGAUUCCCCGCCCGGCGCCGCCGUCUCCUCCCCCUCCCCGUCCCCGAUCAGCGUCUAG